AUGGGUCUUACCGAUGUUCUGAGCCGCAAGACCGGCGUCAUCGUCGGCGAUGACGUUCUGCGUCUGUUUGAGUACGCUCGCGAGAAGCAAUUCGCUGUCCCCGCCAUUAACGUCACCUCCUCCUCCACCGCCGUCGCCGCUCUCGAGGCUGCCCGCGACGCCAAGGCUCCCAUCAUCCUCCAGAUGUCCCAGGGUGGUGCCGCCUACUUCGCUGGCAAGGGCGUUCCCAACGGCGACCAGGCUGCUUCCAUUGCCGGUGCCAUUGCCGGUGCCCAGUACAUCCGCUCCAUCGCUCCCACGUACGGUAUCCCCGUCAUCCUGCACACCGACCACUGCGCCAAGAAGCUGCUGCCCUGGCUCGACGGCAUGCUCGAUGCCGAUGAGGCCUACUUCAAGGCCAACGGCGAGCCUCUCUUCAGCUCCCACAUGAUCGAUCUCUCCGAGGAGGAGGUCGCGUGGAACGUUGAGACCACCGCCAAGUACCUGAAGCGCGCUGCCCCCAUGAAGCAGUGGCUCGAGAUGGAGAUUGGCAUCACUGGUGGCGAGGAGGACGGCGUCAACAACGAGGACGUCGACAACAACUCCCUCUACACCCAGCCCGAGGAUAUCCUCAACAUCUACAACACCCUUUCGCCCAUCUCACCCUAUUUCUCCAUCGCCGCUGGCUUCGGCAACGUCCACGGUGUCUACAAGCCCGGUAACGUCCGCCUGCACCCCGAGCUCCUCGGCAAGCACCAGGCCUUUGUCCACGAGGCUAUCAAGUCCAAGCUGGACAAGCCCGUCUUCUUCGUCUUCCACGGCGGCUCUGGCUCUUCCAAGAAGGAGUACCUCGACGCCAUCAGCCACGGCGUUGUCAAGGUCAACAUGGACACGGACAUGCAGUACGCCUACAUGGCCGGCAUCCGCGAUUACAUGCUCAACAAGAAGGACUACCUCAUGACUGCCGUCGGCAACCCCGAUGGCGAUGACAAGCCCAACAAGAAGUACUUCGAUCCCCGUGUCUGGGUUCGUGAGGGUGAGAAGACCAUGGCCGCUCGCGUCGCCGAGGCCCUUAAGGACUUCAACUGCGCCGGCCAGGUGUAA